GUUGGCGGUGGCGGCGUGGGCGGCGCUGACGGCGUCGGGCGAGCCGGGGCUGUCGGGCUUCGGCGACGUCGACCCCACGUGCAGCACCACCUCGGCGCGCCUCGUGCUCAGCAGCGAGCGCAACGAGACGGGCGACUGGGUGGCGCGGGUGCGGCUGGUCCACGCGGACGCAGACCCCAACAGCUGGGAGCGGUGGCGCGUGGACGCCGAGCACUCGGUGCUGCGGUGCGCGGGCGCCGAAACGCGGGUGCUUGUCGAAGCCAACCUCACCAUCCCGCGCUCCGCCCUGCGCCC